GUGGAAUCUGCGGAAAACCGUGAUCCGUCGGAAACGACUGUUUCAGAAGAAAGCGGCUACCUUGCCCGCCGAGCCGCUACUUAUAAAUUACGCCGCGCAUCUGCGCGGGUCCGGGAUUUCAUAAUUGACGCAGAACUGGUAAGAAAGUAUGAGAAAGAAUUAUGCGAGAUGCGUUUGAAGGAGACGAUCGAAAGAAUGCAACGAAGUGAUGAUGAAAGAGAAGCCGAAAAACUGGCCGAAGUGCUUGACAAAAUUCACGUAGCUGAAAAAUCACAGGAGAAACUCGGCCUCGAGGAACUGAGUGAAAUUUUCAGUCAGUGUUGUCUGACUGAAAGCCCAAAGAAGUGUCAAGCGAAGUAG